AUGGUGCCCUUCGCUCGUCUGACCGAUCUGGUGGGCGUGAAACCCCAUCCUUCCGCAUCCGACAUAUCAGUUUCGAAACCAUUAUGGGUUCCCUCAGGUGCGAGGGGAGUAUUCGGCGGUCAAGUCAUCGCCCAAUCCCUGGCUGCUGCUGCUCGUACCGUCUCUGCACCAUUCGGUCUGCACAGUAUGCACUGCUACUUCCUUCUCCCUGCACAUGCCAGUCCAGAUAUACAUUACAAAGUCGAAAGGUUAAGGGACGGGAAGAGUUACUCGAAUAGAUUGGUUAGAGCUUGGCAAGGUGAUAGAGAGGUAUUUGUACUGUUAGCUAGUUAUACUGUACCACCUACGACUUUACCCGAGAACUUCAGUUCGGCAUCAAACUCACCCCAGGGGAAGAUCAAGAUAUCGCAUACACUUCGAUUCGCCAACGAAACUGAGGAUAAAAGUCAGAGUCAAAGUCGACCUUUGUCCACACCGACGUCAAGUGUUCAACCGACGUAUCAAAAUCCUUUCCCACAGAAUUUGAAACCAUGGGAAGAAUGUUUUCCAGAAGAAGAUAGAUGGCAGAGGUUUUUCGAUGAGAAAUGUCAGGAAUGGAAAGGAGCCAGGAGGAGGUUCCUAGAAGAGUAUAUAAAGGAACGAAGAGAGUCACCCGUCGGUAUUGCCAGAGCUCGCGUCAAGCGAUCUGACUUGUCGCAGAAUGAGGAGACUGAAGAUAGUCCGGUUCAUACCCGAAUGAGCUGGUUACAUGCUAGAUUGGAUCCAAGCGAGAACCCAGAUAUCGAGACUGUGAAGGCAAUGAUAGCGUAUAUGACAGAUUUCCAAUUCAUCGGCACCGCCUCUCGUUCAGUAGGAUUACAUCAAAGCUCAACACCCAGAAUAGGAAUGCUGGCUUCCCUUGACCACUCUAUCCACUUUUACCCCUUCCCAGAGGGUUUUGAUCCAUCUGCACCACUCCUUCACGUUAUGGAAUCUCAGAGCGUGGAUAUAGCCAGUGGUAGGGGUGUAGUCCAAGGGAGGGUGUAUACGAAAGAGGGAGUUCUGAUUGCUGUGACGGCUCAAGAAGGGGUGGUGAGAGCGGAUCUGAAAGGGCUGGAAGCUAGGGGGCUAGUAGAAGGAGGGGCGGUCGGGGACGAUAAAGAUGAGAAUAAGAAGAAAAGACAGGCCAAAUUGUAG